AUGCGAAUUUUCUCUGUUGGCUUCAUCGUGGUAGUAGUCACUUUUCAAGCUGGACAGUGCUUUCCGCCUGGGGGAACUGUUUACACCCGAUGGGGCCGCACGACGUGUCCACCGACAGCAACAAUUAUCUAUUCAGGUUAUGCUGGAGGAACUCAUUACUACUACCCAGGAGGUGCAGUUGAACCGCUCUGUUUACCGAAAAAUCCAGAGUGGGGGCGCCAUAACACUGAGCAAAACUACGCCUUUAGAGGAGUCGUAUUUGGAGCUGAAUACCAAACUUACACAGAUAUCAUAAUGAGUGAUCUCCACGACCAAGAUGUGCCAUGCGUUGUCUGUAGAACUCAAAACGACAAACCUGUUUUAGUUAUUCCAGCAAGAAAGUCUUGUUCUGACGGAUGGAAAGUAGAGUAUUGGGGGUAUCUGAUGUCAGGAAAACAUGACCAUCACGCUGCCUCCACCUUCACCUGUAUGGAUGCUGAACCUGAAACUCUGAGUGGGGAUGGAGGGAACGCGGACGGUUAUUUGCUCUAUCCAGUUGAAGCUAGAUGCGGCAGUUUGAAAUGCCCACCAUACAAGAAUGGGGCUGAAUUAUUAUGUGUCGUUUGUUCUGAAAAAUGA